AUGUUUUUCGACUUGAACAUUCCCGUCCCAGACUCAGGGUUCAAGCCCACACAAACCUCCAAGAAGAACAAAGGGAAACAGCCUCAGACUGCUCCCAGUGCUCCCGCCCACUCACCAGCUCAGAUCCGCGCUGUCGAAACACGCGUAGAUCUCCUCAUUCACUUAGGAUACAAUGUCAUCGCCUUCUCUCAAACCGUUUACUCAAAACUCGACCAGAAGACACACGCGAACGUACUCGACUCACUCGUUUCACAACUCGCAAAACGCCCCGGCAUAGUCUUCCUGAAACGUCUCAACAUCAUCUUGGAUGCAGAUAGCGAAAAAGGGUUUGGGCUGACCAACGCGAACCUCUCGCUCGUCGAGCCAUAUGACCUAAUCUCCCUUACGCCAACAACAGCCUCCACCUUCUCGCUCGCAUGCCUCACCCACAGUCUCCCCUCGGCUCUCACCGCACACGUAAUCUCCCUCCCGCUCACAGCCCCCCGGCUUCCAUUUCAUCUCAAGCAUACGCUCGUGCGCACAGCCAUCAAGAACGGUGCUGUCUUCGAGAUCAACUACGCUGGCGCACUGGGUAGCGAUGGGGAUGGAUCUUCAUCUGCAGAUGCGUCUGGCGCGAGCAGCAAGCGCAACUGGUGGGCUGCGGCUCGAGAGAUCGUCCGCGUGACGAAAGGGAAAGGGCUGAUCGUGAGCGGAGGCGUUGUGGACGAUGCAGAUUUCCGGGCACCGCGCGAUGUUGCGAAUCUAGUUGCCCUGUUGGGGCUCGCUCAGAACGUUGCCCAUGACUGUUCGACCACCUCCCCUAAGUCUCUCGUUCUGCGCGCAGGGACGAGACGUACGUAUCGUGCCGUCUUCUCAGAGCCCACAGUAGUCAUACCUGGUCAGACAACACAGGGUGAUCUCGCCAGCGCAGAGACAUCUGCACCGGGCACGGUUCCUGACCCUGCACAGGCACCAUCGACUCCAGUGGCCCCUUCAGCUGCCACAUUGACCCUACCUCAAAAACCCUCCAAAAAGCGCACGAGGGACGAAGAUCAGCCAAACCAGAUAUCUAGCAAACCAGGUGUCGACGCUCCUCAGACGGACGGAGAGGGCGCUCGGAAGAAAAAGAAAGGGAAGAACAAGGAGAAAGUGUGA